AGAGCCCUGCCGGCUGGGCCUCUGCUGGCGGGAGCCAUGGCGGAGGCCGGGGACGCCGCGCUAUCGGUGGCCGAGUGGCUGCGGGCGCUGCACCUGGAGCAGUACACGGGGCUCUUCGAGCAGCACGGGCUGGUGUGGGCCACCGAGUGCCAAGGCCUCAGCGACGCGCGCCUGGUGGACAUGGGCAUGCUGCUCCCUGGCCACCGCCGUCGCAUUCUGGCGGGCCUGCUCCGUGCCCACGCGCCCCCGGCCCCCAGCCCCUGCCCUGCCCCACGGCCUGUGCCCAUGAAGCGCCACAUCUUCCGCUCGCCACCUGCACCUGCUGCUCCACCCGAGCCGCUGCCCGCCGCUGGAGAGGGUGUGGGGCAGCCUGUGGUGCCUCCCAUCCCGCCCCGCAGGAGCUGCCAGCCGCCUGCCUGCUUCUCCACCCCGGACCCCCUGCCACCCCCGCUGCCUGCCAAGCGGCAUCUUGUGGAGCCCAGCGUUCCACCCGUGCCCCCACGCACGGGGCCGCCCCGCCUGCUGGUGAGCCUGCCCUCCAAGGACGAAGGGUCAUUGCCACCACCACAGUCGUCCCCUCCCCAGCCCGAGCCUGUGGAGCCCCCAUCCACCCUCCCCUGUGGGCCUCCCCGGCCCCUGUCUCCGCCUCCCUGCCCCCCAGAGAUCCCGCCGAAGCCUUCCCGCCCGCCCCCGGAGUUUGAUGAGUCCGACUACGAUGAGGUCCCAGAGGAGGGGCCCAGGGCCCCAGCCAGCGUGAUGACCAAGAAGGAGGAGCCUCCACUGAGCCGAGUCCCGCGGGCCGUGCGUGUGGCCAGUCUGCUGAGCGAGGGAGAGGAGCUGUCUGGAGAGGAGGAGGAGGAGGACCACGCCUAUGAGGGCGUCCCCAAUGGUGGAUGGCGCGCCGACAGCCUGAGCUCCUCCCCGCCUGGCUUCGUCCCCGAGCUCGUGCCACCUGCCGUGGUCAUGGACGGGCUGCCCGGGGGCUCCACCUCCGUCACACGGGUCAUCAAGGCCGGCUGGCUGGACAAGAACCCGCCUCAGGGGUCGUACAUCUAUCAGAAGCGAUGGGUGAGACUGGACGCUGAUUACCUGCGCUACUUCGACAGUAACAAGGAUGCCUACUCCAAGCGCUUUGUCACUGUCGCCUGCAUCUCCCGCGUGGCUGCCACUGGCGACCAGAAGUUCGAAGUGAUCACCCACAACCGGACCUUUUCCUUCAGGGCAGAGAGUGAUGUGGAGCGGAAGGAGUGGAUGCAGGCCCUGCAGCAGGCCGUGGCGGAGCAGCGGGCCCGGGCCCGGCUGUCCGGCGCUUACCCAUUGGGAGCGCGAGGCUUAGAGCAGCCCGACCACGCCGGCAGCCUGGAGCUGCGUGGCUUCAAGAAUAAGCUGUAUGUGGCCGUGGUCGGGGACAAAGUGCAGCUCUACAAGAAUCUGGAGGAGUACCACCUGGGCAUCGGCAUCACCUUUAUCGACAUGAGUGUGGGUAACGUGAAGGAAGCCGACCGGCGCAGCUUCGACCUCACCACGCCCUACCACAUCUUCAGCUUCUCCGCGGACUCGGAGCCAGAGAAGGAGCAGUGGCUGGAGGCCAUGCAGGGAGCCAUAGCCGAGGCCCUGUCAACCUCGGAGGUGGCCGAGCGCAUCUGGGCCGCGGCCCCCAACAGGUCCUGUGCCGACUGUGGGGCCGCGCAGCCCGACUGGGCCUCCAUCAACCUCUGCGUGGUCAUAUGCAAGCGCUGUGCAGGGGAGCACCGUGGCCUGGGCGCUGGCGUAUCCAAGGUGCGAAGCCUGAAGAUGGACAGGAAGGUGUGGACAGAAACGCUCAUCCAGCUCUUCUUACACCUGGGCAAUGGUGCUGGGAACCGCUUCUGGGCAGCCAAUGUGCCCCCCAGUGAGGCCUUGCAGCCCAGCAGCAGCCCUGGUGCCCGGCGGCGCCACCUGGAGGCCAAGUACCGUGAGGGCAAGUACCGCCGCUACCACCCGCUCUUCGGGAACCAGGAGGAGCUGGACAAGGCCCUGUGCGCCGCAGUCACCACCACAGACCUGGCCGAGACGCAGGCGCUGCUGGGCUGCGGGGCCGCGGUGAGCUGCUGCUCCGGGGACCCUGAGGCCCCCACGCCCCUGGCUCUUGCCGAGCAGGCGGGGCAGACACUGCAGAUGGAAUUCCUCCGGAACAACCAGGGCACCGGCGUGCCUCGGCCGGACUCGACACUGCCCCUGGAGAAGCACUACUCGGUCGUGCUGCCAACCGUGAGCCACAGUGGCUUCCUCUACAAGACCGCCUCGGCUGCCAAGCCACUGCAGGACCGCCGUGCCCGGGAAGAGUUCAGCCGGCGCUGGUGUGUCCUUAGCGACGGGGUCUUGAGCUACUAUGAGACUGAGCGGGCAGUGACCCCCAACGGGGAGAUUCGGGCCAGCGAGAUUGUGUGCCUGGCAGUGCCCCCUCCCGACACCCAUGGCUUUGAGCACACCUUUGAGGUGUACACGGAGGGAGAACGGCUCUACCUGUUUGGGCUGGAGAGUGCGGAGCUGGCCCAUGAGUGGGUCACGUGCAUUGCUAAGGCAUUCGUGCCUCCCCUGGCGGAGGAUCUGCUGGCCCGGGACUUUGAGCGGCUUGGGCGCCUACCCUACAAAGCUGGCCUGAGCCUGCAGCGGGCCCAGGAGGGCUGGUUCUCCCUCGCCGGCUCCGAGCUCCACGCCGUUUUCCCAGAGGGACCCUGCGAGGAGCCGCUGCAGCUGCGGAAACUGCAGGAGCUCUCCGUCCAAGGGGACAAUGAGAACCAGGUGCUGGUGCUGGUGGAGCGAAGGAGGACACUGUACAUCCAGGGGGAGCGGCGGCUGGACUUCGUGGGCUGGCUAGCCGCCAUCCAGAAAGCAGCAGCCAGCUUGGGGGACACCCUGUCGGAACAGCAGCUGGGCGACUCGGACAUCCCAGUGAUCGUGUACCGCUGUGUGGACUACAUCACGCAGUACGGCCUGACCUCCGAGGGCAUCUACCGCAAGUGCGGGCAGACGUCGAAGACGCAGCGGCUGCUGGAGAGCCUGCGGCAGGACGCGCGCUCCGUGCGCCUCAAGGAGGGCGAGCAGCACGUGGACGACGUCUCCUCCGCCCUCAAGCGCUUCCUGCGCGACCUGCCCGAUGGGCUCUUCACUCGUGCCCAGCGCCUGGCCUGGCUGGAAGCCUCAGAGACAGAGGAGGAGGAGGAGAAGGUCUCCAGGUACCGAGAGCUCCUGCUGCGUCUGCCUCCUGUCAACCGGGCCACUGUGAAGGCGCUCAUCAGCCACCUGUACUGCGUCCAGUGCUUCUCGGACACCAACCAGAUGAACACGCACAACCUGGCCAUCGUGUUUGGGCCCACACUGUUCCAGACAGAUGGGCAGGACUACAAGGCUGGCCGUGUGGUGGAAGACCUCAUUAACCACUAUGUGCUGGUGUUUAACGUGGACAAGGAGGAGCUGAGGAAGCAGCGGGAGGAGGUCACGGCCAUCGUGAAGAUGCGAGUGGCCGGCACUGCUAGUGGGACCCAGCAUGCUGGCGACUUUAUCUGCACCGUGUACCUGGAGGAGAAGAAGGCAGAGACCGAGCAGCACGUCAAGAUCCCGGCCUCCAUGACAGCCGAGGAGCUCACCCUGGAGAUCCUGGAUCGCCGGAACGUGGGCGUCAGGGAGAAGGACUACUGGACCUGCUUCGAGGUCAACGAGAGGGAGGAGGCAGAGCGUCCCCUGCACUACUCUGAGAAGGUGCUACCCAUCCUGCACGGGCUGGGCAUGGACAGCCACCUGGUAGUGAAGAAGCACCAGUCCAUGGAGGCCAUGCUGCUCUACCUGGCCAGCCGUGUGGGCGACACCAAGCACGGCAUGAUGAAGUUCCGCGAGGACCGCAGCCUCCUGGGCCUGGGCCUGCCCUCAGGCGGCUUCCACGACCGAUACUUCAUCCUCAACAGCAGCUGCCUGCGGCUCUACAAGGAGGUCCGGAGCCAGAGGCCGUGGAGCGGGGCCCCUGAGACCAGUCACCGGCCCGAGAAGGAGUGGCCCGUGAAGAGCCUUAAAGUCUACCUGGGGGUGAAGAAGAAACUCCGGCCUCCUACCUGCUGGGGCUUCACGGUGGUGCACGAGACAGAGAGACACGAGAAGCAGCAGUGGUACCUGUGCUGCGACACACAGAUGGAGCUCCGGGAGUGGUUCGCCGCCUUCCUCUUUGUGCAGCACGACGGCCUGGUGUGGCCCUCCGAGCGGUCUCGCGCGUCUCGGGCGGUGCCCGAGGUCCGGCUGGGCAGCGUGGCGCUCAUCCCCCUGCGCGGCAGUGAGAACGAGAUGCGCCGCAGCGUGGCGGCCUUCACCGCGGACCCGCUCUCCCUCCUCCGCAACGUCUGAGCGUGGGAGCCGCCCUGGCUCGGGGGACACCGCCGCCGGGAAGCCUUCUGUCCGGACCCUCUCUUGCCUUGUUGGCCUGGUGUGGGUCAACAAGGGCACAUGAGGAAGCCACACCUACACCCCACAUCCUGACUGCCCGUGGUGGGGGCUCCCUGGCCUAGGUGAGGGCCAAUGGGUCAGCCCGGGGAGGAGCCCCACUCGGCUCUGUGCGGGUGCUCGGCCCUCCUGGCCGGGCCUGCUGCCCUCCGAGGGCAUCCGCCCUGAGCUUGCCGGGUAGGAGAGACGGGGAGAAAUCCGGGCCUCUGGGGAGCACCAUCCCGUCAGAGGCUUGAGACCCUGGGGCCCCGCUGGAAGGGAGCCCACCCCUGUGCCACGAACUCUGGAGCCACAGAAAGUAGGUGCUCCAAGGAACACCCUGCCUGGGUGUGGGGGCAGCUCUGGGGGAGAUUCCUGCAGGGCUGGGAGCUGGACUUCGGGGGUGUCAGCCCCCCACCUGGGGGCUUUUUGAUAAUAUAAAUAUAUCUGUAUAUUUUACCCUGU